UGCAUUGUAGCCGCAUCCCCAAACGUCGUCCAAUAAUUGGAUUUUCUCUUCCUCGUUGCCCUUUCCCCACGAGAAGUAUCUUUUUCUUUCUUGGACACUCGAAAGAAAGCCUUUCACAGAUUAUUACUAGCAGUAGCACGCACAAGGAUCGACGACUAAUCGGCCACCGACUUCCGGCAGUCCUUCUGUUACUUGUAGGGUUUUGUUAGGGAUUGGCAAUGGCAACGGAACCUAAGGCUGCAACUGAAGAGCCAAAAAUUGACUUAUUCGAAGACGAUGAUGAGUUCGAGGAAUUCGAAAUCAACCAAGAGUGGGAUGACAAGGAAGAAGGAAAAGAGGUAACGCAGCAGUGGGAGGAUGACUGGGAUGACGACGACGUCAAUGAUGACUUUUCUCUGCAGCUGAGGAAGGAGUUGGAGAACAAUACAACAGAGAAGAAAUGACGAAUCAAAGUCUAAGCCUUCGUCAGUGGUUCUCGUUCUUGUUCUGUGCACCAUGGCCUCGUAUUGUCAAAAACUUUUGUUUCCUUGUUUACGUAUGAACUCCAAAACUGCUUGAAUUUGUUUGACUCUUCUUGAACUUUCUAGAUUUCCGAAACUUGCCUUUUGAAGUGCACCUUAUCCAUAAUUCUUACCUAC